GGUGUGUGUUUCAGGGGAGUUGAGGUGGGCCAGUUGGUUGCCAGGGAACCAAGUUUGGGUGUCGCUCAUGUUACACAGAUCUCUGUGUCUCCGGUCGUUUUCUCUGUCUCUCUCUGUGUCCUGGACAGGAACCGUCUCUCCAUCCCCAACUAUUGGAUGCUGUCUUGAGGACUUAUCAAAGACAUUUUUAUUGAAAACAUCUUUCUAGACACACUCAUCGCCUACGCUUCCCAGCUGUCCUCUGUGGCUGUCAGGAUGCAGCAGUUGGUAUUGAAGGUCCUGUGUUCCACACUGCUGCUUCUAGCUGGGGUGCCCUAUGUGUACUCACAGUCAGAUUGUUCCCAAGCGGAGUCAUGUGACUUGUGCGUUGGAGACUCCAUGCUCAACCUGACAGGCUGCGUCUGGAGGCUUUGUCCAGAUGGUAAUGAUACGGGGGUGUGUCUGACUGAUGAGGGCGACUCAGCAGACACCUCCAUGAACUGCAGCUGGACCAGAGUGUCCGAACUGUGCACAGUUGUAGAGACGGUGGCUGAGGGAGGAGGCGAAGGUGACUCAGGUGAUGGCAGUAACUCGUCUCCAGAGUUCUCCCAGGCCAAGUUUGACAUGUCCAGUUUCAUCGGCGGCAUCAUCCUGGUGCUGUGCCUGCAGGCGGGCGGCUUCUUCGCCAUGCGUUUCCUCAAAUCCAAAGAGCAGAGCAACUAUGACCCCAUAGAGCAGCCACAGUGAAGUCAAGACGUGUGAAGGACGAGCAGAUGAGUGUGCAGGACGUCAGAGCAGUGACUCAUCGACUUGUGACUCCGAGAUAUUUUUUCUCUCUCUCCUCCUCAGCCCGUCAUUUUCAGUGUGGUCCCCAUGUGUACCCCUGGGGGAUGGGUGUGUUUAUAAGAGGCUAAUUUGUUCCUCAGAUUGCCGCGUUGUGUAACGAGUGUGUGCAUGUGUUCACUGUGUAUAGCACCGCAAGUAGUCGUACAGUAAGACAAAUGGGAAACAAAUGGGCUCUGAUUGUUGCAGCGAAUUAGCUCUGCAAUCGAAACCCAACAUUAAUCUUCACAGAAACUAAUUUAACAAGUUAAGAGUUUGUCCUCUUACAAAACAACAAGGCUGUAUCAAAUGUCUCAACUGUGUAAACAGUACAGUGCAGUAAUGGGAAAGGGUGAUAUGUAGUCAGGAGGUCAGACAAGGUUAUCAGAGGCAUUUUUAACUUUUCCCAAAAUGAGAUUGUGGAACUCAAUUUUGUCGAUGAGUACUAGUCGUGUUUUUCUGAAACCAAAAGUUAGAAUAUAUGCAUCUUAGUUUUUUAUGUAUUAACUUGUAGUGAAUGAAAUGUUUUGUCUGGGAAUGUUUAGGCGACAUGAGCAUUCAAGGUUUACACUUUCUAACAUAACAUCUAAGAAGUAGUCCUUCAAACUUGAAAAGCUCUGAUCUGACGUUAAUACUCCACUACUUUGAUUUGUGUGUGUUUUUUGAAUUGUCAAGAGCUUUUUUGUAAGUUCAUUUUCAUGGAGACUUCAGUUUUGAUUGCUCUGAUUGACGUACCAGCUCUAACCCUUUAAUAACAGAUCACAGAGAUAUGAUGGGACACUGUUUACUUGUGUAAAUAGUGAUAAUGAAAUAAUGAAAUGUUUGGAUUUUUUUGUGAUGCCAUGAGAAUGAAAAAAUAAAUGAGAAUCUCAGUG